UAUAUAUAUAGAGAGAGAGAAAACACAGGGAUAGUGCGUGUGUUUCUAGAGAGAGAAAGCAUGGAUUUGUUGCCGGCAGAGUCAUCGCAGAUCAAGAAGCAUGGAUUCAGGUCGCUGAAGCUAGUAAACGCGAACAUGGACGAUGUUCUCGCUGAAAAGCCAUUUGGAGUCGACUACGGGAGGCUCGAAAAUGGUCUCUGCUACUAUGUCCGAUCCAAUUCCAAACCCAAGAUGAGAGCUGCUCUAGCACUUGCUGUCAAGGCUGGCUCAGUUUUGGAAGAGGAGGAUGAACGUGGAGUUGCUCAUAUAGUUGAGCAUCUUGCUUUUAGUGCCACAAAGAAAUACACAAAUCAUGAUAUCGUUAAAUUUCUUGAAAGUAUUGGGGCAGAAUUUGGCCCUUGUCAGAAUGCAGUCACAUCUGCUGAUGAAACCGUUUAUGAGUUGUUUGUUCCUAUUGACAAGCCGGAAUUGUUAUCUCAGGCCAUUUCAAUCUUGGCAGAAUUUAGCUCGGAGGUGCGAGUCUCGACAGACGAUUUGGAGAAAGAAAGAGGGGCUGUUAUGGAGGAGCACAGAGGGAACCGCAAUGCAAAUGGAAGGAUGCAGGAUGCACAUUGGGUUCUGAUGAUGGAAGGUUCUAAGUAUGCUGAGCGUUUACCAAUUGGGUUAGAAAGGGUAAUCCAGACAGUUUCUGCUGAUACUGUGAAGCAAUUUUAUGGGAAGUGGUACCAUUUACACAAUAUGGCUGUGAUAGCUGUUGGAGAUUUUUCUGAUACACAGAGUGUAGUUGAGUUAAUAAGGACCCACUUUGGAGAUAAAAGUUCAUCACCAGAUCCUCCACUUAUACCUCUCUUUCCAGUUCCAUCUCAUGAAGAACCCCGUUUUUCAUGUUUUGUUGAAUCUGAAGCUGCUGGGUCUGCAGUGAUGAUCAGUUGUAAGAUGCCUGUGGAUGAGUUAAAAACUGUGAAGGACUACAGAAAUUUACUUGCAGAGUCGAUGUUCUUUCAUGCUUUAAAUCAGAGGUUUUUUAAAAUAUCUCGUGGAAAAGAUCCUCCAUAUUUUUCAUGCUCUGCUGCUGCUGAUGUCCUAGUUCGUCCAGUGAAAGCCUAUAUAAUGACUUCAUCUUGUAAAGAGAAAGGGACUAUUGAGGCCCUAAAAUCAAUUCUUACUGAGGUUGCUAGGGUUCGGCUGCAUGGAUUUUCUGAACGUGAAAUUUCUGUUGCUCGAGCUUUGCUAAUGUCAGAGAUUGAAUCUGCCUAUUUGGAACGUGAUCAAAUGCAAUCAACCAGCCUGAGGGAUGAAUAUUUACAACAUUUUCUCCGCAAUGAGCCUGUUGUUGGGGUUGAGUAUGAAGCACAACUUCAAAAAACUAUACUACCUCAUAUAUCGGCAUCUGAGGUAUCCAAGUAUGCGGAGAAUUUUCGAACAUCAUGUAGCUGUGUUAUAAAGACCAUUGAACCUCGGGCUACUGCAACAAUGGAUGAUCUUAAAACUGUUGUGCCAAUGAUCAAUUCUCUUGAGGAAGAACAAAGCAUACCUCCUUGGGAUGAUGAGCACAUCCCAGAAGAAAUUGUUAAUAUAAAACCAAAUCCAGGGGAUAUCGUGCAGCAGUUUGAAUAUUCAAAUAUUGGAGCUACUGAGCUAAUUCUGUCAAAUGGCAUGAGAGUUUGCUAUAAGUAUACGGACUUCUUCGAUGACCAGGUUCUCUUCACAGGGUUCUCAUAUGGGGGUUUAUCAGAACUGCCAGAAAAUGAGUACUUCUCAUGCUCAAUGGGUUCAACCAUCGCUGGAGAAAUUGGUGUUUUUGGUUAUAGACCAUCAGUUCUAAUGGAUAUGCUUGCUGGUAAGAGAGCUGAAGUUGGAACAAAGCUUGGAGCAUAUAUGAGAACCUUUUCAGGUGACUGCUCACCUUCGGACCUGGAAACUGCCUUGCAGCUAGUUUAUCAGCUAUUUACAACAGAUGUAGAACCAAGGGAAGAAGACAUCAAGAUAGUGAUGCAAAUGGCAGAAGAAGCCGUCCGUGCUCAAGAGAGAGAUCCUUACACUGCAUUUGCAAACCGAGUGAGGGAGCUCAAUUAUGGAAACUCCUAUUUUUUUAGGCCAAUUAGAAUUGGUGACCUUAAAAAAGUUGAUCCGUUUAAGGCUUGUGAAUACUUCAACAAUUGUUUUAAGGAUCCCUCGACUUUUACAGUUGUGAUUGUUGGGAAUAUUGAUCCUGCUAUUGCAUGCCCCUUAAUUUUGCAGUAUUUGGGUGGAAUUCCAAGACCUCUUGAACCCGUUUUCCAUUUCAGCCGUGAUGAUCUCAAAGGCUUGCCUUUCACUUUUCCUUCGACCAUAAUUAGUUAUAAAACCUUGGCCUAAUAACCUUGAGGUUACGGAUUCAAGUCUCGGGGCAACCACUUUGUGCACAAUGCCAAAGGUUAGGUGUGUACCCAAUCUUUCCCCUCCCAAACACACAUUAAUGUGUACUAAUUGAGCGUUGUUUUUUUAAUGCUAAAUCAAUGUUUCAAAAUUUUCACAAUUGUUGGAAUGGUAGAUAGCGAGUAUGGGAUUAAUUCGUUGGACCUAUUGAUUUGUUGUGAUUUGCACUGGCUUAAACUUUAAACUUUAAUACAAUGACUUGAGGAAACAACCAUUAAUAUUUUUCACAGAUGGAGGUUGUGAAACCAUUAGUAUGUACUCCACUGGCUAUGCUUACUCCUGGAGGAGCUGACUUGGAAAUGGUGGUCUUCAGAAUAUCUGGGGCUUUGACUAUGUUAAAUGAUGAUGUUGGGUUGAAGGAUGGGCCUGGGUGAAGGGGUAAGUAGAUUAGGUAGGGGAUCUAAACUCGUAGUGGUGAAAAGGUCAAGGUAUUGGCUAUUGCGAUGGAUAUGGGAGAUGGAACAGGGAGGAUGAAACCUGUUAGGAGAACUGGAGUUAGAAGUGAGAAAUAAAUUAGUUGAAGCCAAUAUUGUAGCUGGUGCUUCAGGAAGAGAAAGGCACUGUCAAGAGGAGGAGAUAGAGCAGGUGAUGGGGACCAAGGAAGGGAAAGAAUGAAGACAUAUGUGAGGCGCAAGAGGGUCCAACUGGA